GACACGAACGAUGGCACAUAAUGGAGAAUCAGUGAAAAAUACUGUUGAUGAUUUGAUCUAAUAACGUACAUUCAUCUGAGGGAGCUAAACAAUAUUUAGGGUGAGUUAAAGCCCCCCUCAAAUGGCCUCGCGACGCCCCCGCUGUUUCUCAAAUGGGGAAAGAGGAAGUGUGAUAAAUCGAGCUGGCUGCUACACACACACAUACAUACACAUACACACACAAAAAGGAAAAAGAAACAGAAAAACAUGUCAAACGCGACACGGCAUGGAUUUGGGGGCAUCCAGGCUCGCUAACCUUAAAUUCUCAUCCAAUCAGUCACGCAAAAUACGAGAAUUCAUGUCAGACUUUCUGGCUGGAAUUACUCACUUCUUCAGCCUGUUGGGAGUCGCUCACUCAGUUCACUCAGACCUCAUGUGGACAUAACUACGUUAGCCACGUUGGCUGCUGAAACAGUUAUACAGCAGUUUUUUUUCCUCGCCGAGCUUAACUCCCAGCUCUAAGGAGAUGUCAGACUUGAGGCUUAACAGCGAAUAUCUCUACAAUUUCCCGGCGGCUGGGAUGAACGAGUUCACCCGAGUUAUGGAUUCGCUCUCUGACUCUGACUGGCUGAGAUUUGCAUCCCAAGUAAUAUCGGAUCAGACUGAACUACGGCUGGUGGAGCAAAACAGCCGACGGACGGAAACACUAAUGCACAAGUGGGGCUGUAGAAACGGCACAGUUGGGGAGCUCGUGGACCUCCUCCAAGACCUGGAGCUGUUAAGGCCAAGAGAUAUCAUCCUUAAAUGGAGGCGUAUUCCACAGCCUAGCUCUGUCUCACUCCCCUUCAGCUCCCUGCCACCUCCCAGCCUCACCCGCUACAGCACUCCCCCCUCAUCACUGUUUACCCCAUCUAAAGAUGUUACCCAGCCGCUUCCUAGCCAUGAGAACAGGCUGCUGCCCAAACCCGGACCCCCACCCCCGGAUCUGGAGUCGACACGCUUGUGUCUGCAGUCAACACAGUCUGCGAAAAAAGAGGUACUUGCCAUGCAGCUCCCCACGUCUCUGUUCGCUAGCGUCCUGUGCUGGCCGUUUGAAGAAGUGCAGCAGGGCACGGACAAUUUCUCUGCAUCUCGGCAGAUUGGAGAGGGAGGCUUUGGGCAUGUGUACCGCGCCUCCGUGAGGAACACUGACUUUGCAGUCAAGAGGCUGAAAGAGGAUUCCCAUAUGGGCUGGAGUGUGGUGAAGGAAAGUUUUAAAACCGAGGUGGAAAGACUCUCACAAUACAGGCAUCCGAACAUAAUGGACUUGGUUGGCUAUAGUGUGGGAGGUGGAACAUAUUGCCUCAUAUAUGUCUUCAUGCCCAGUGGCUCUUUGGAGGACCGGCUGCACUGUGAAAAUAGUACUGCCCUCUCCUGGUCACAGCGUGUGAAUGUGUUGUUGGGCUCAGCAAAAGCUAUUCAGUAUCUCCAUUCUUGUUCCCCUGCACUAAUUCAUGGAGAUGUCAAAAGCUCCAACAUCCUUCUAGGGGAACACCUUGAACCCAAGCUGGGGGACUUUGGCCUCGCACGGCUGUGUCACAACCCCAGCAGAACUCCAGGGAAGACGAGCAGUGUGGCUCAGACAGCGACAGUGCGGGGAACACUAGCGUACCUGCCUGAUGAAUACCUGAAAGAUGGCCAGCUGGGCAUGGAGAUUGACAUCUACAGUUUCGGAGUGGUGUUGUUGGAGGUCCUCACAGGCAGAAGAGCAUUAGAAACUGACAGCAAGUCAAAGACUGUCUACCUGAAAGACCUGGUGUCAGAAGUUGAGGAUGAUGGGAAGAGCUUCAGUAAAGGGAGGAAUUCUAGGGAGCUGGCCUUUUCCCAGGCAGCUGAAAACAUCUGGAAGAAGCAUCUGGAUCCUCGGCUGAUGACGGAAGGCAUUUCUGACCCUCAUGGUUCAAGGGAACUCUCUCAACUGGCGUGCCGCUGCUUAGACCGCCGGAGAAAGAAGAGGCCUCCAAUGACCGAGGUCUUCAAAACUCUCCAAGACGUGCAUUUGGGACUGAAGGCCUUUGGCAGGUCUGGCGUAGUCAAAAUGUCUCUGGCUCCUCCGCAUCUGUCCACCCCGAUGCCGCUGUGCUCUGAAAGCCGCUCUCUGGACUCUCUCGCUCAUCAGUUCUCUAAGCUUGGUCCCCAAGAGGACACUUACUGCUGCCCACACAAACACAGCUCACUCCCUCUCCCUUCUGCAGUGACUCACUCAGAAGCCCCAGAGUCACAAAGGAGUGAAGGAUUAUGGGAUACUCAGUACUCCUCAGUUCGUGCACCCUGCGAAUCAGAUGAGAGUCAGGGCUUCUCUCAGUGUUUUGCAUCACCGUUGGCAGCACAGACAAAUCAGUCUCAGCCGUGGUCUGGCGGACACAGUGAUGUUAAGAGCACACAUUCAAGCAGCUUCUCUGUUGUUACGCCGUUUCCAUCCAGCUGCAGUUCAGAUGAGAGAGUGAUAAUUAACCCAGUCAGACAGCGCUUAGUUGAGAAAAUGGCACUUUAUGAAGAAGGGAGAAUACCAACCUCAGACCUCCUCUCAUCUGCCACUCCAUCAUACAGAGUAACAAAUUCUCAAAGACGGGAACCAGAGGAGAGCGAUGAGAGCUCCAGCAAUUUUGGCUAGGGAUCUGGAGCUGACGUGAACUGAUGUGUGCUGAAGUAUGAGGCCAACACUUAAGAGGGAAUCGGACACAGAGGGGUUCAGAAGCUGUUCAGGAUUUCCCAACAUCAGAGUUCUCAACACCAAAUGGUGACCUACAGAAAGUGUUUUCUUUGGAUACUAUUGUUUACUACUGAACCACGAAUUCUAACUUACUUGCCCAAUACAAGUAUGUUGCAUAACCACUGGAAAGUGUCAUGUGUGUGAAUUAUGGCAUCUGUAAUAUUGUUUUGGCAUGUUAGGCGAAUUUUAAUGUCAAAUUCUCCUAGACAGUUGAGAUUACGCAAGCAAGCCACUUUUACUCAGGGCUGGAAAUACCUUUGAGAUGUCUCCUUCUUCUUCCUUCUGUACUAAAACCUUACCUUCCAUCUGGAAGCGAAUGCUCACUGGUACAAGGUGGGCUACAAUUCCGAGCGUGUGCUUGUACUGUUUACGACUGUCAUUUGCGGAAAGGAUCCUAAGCCUGGCUGCUGUCAGACUUCAUCCGUGUUUAAUGAAGUUUAAUGUAUGUACUUGAGUGGCUAAUUUAAUGUGUGAAUUGCUAAUUUAACGUGAGAGUGUAUGUUUAUAAGUGUGGGAGCUAACAUGUACUUGCAUUGACUGUAGUUAGAAAUGUUGCCGUUUCAGAUUGUUAAAGUAAGAUAAAUGUUUAACUGUAAUUUAAAAUGCAACCCCCUCCUGCUGAGGAAACGUAUAGACAUUUCCCUGUUGCUUCUGUGAAUGUGCUGUGAUGAAAAGAGCAUUUCUCUUAUGAAUAUGGCCUUCGCAGAGUAAAAGGAGCGCAUACAUGUGUUUUCUUUUCUUUUAAUGGGGAAUUCCAGUGAUGUUUCCAAAUUUCCGCAUAGUUAAAUUGUUAUGGUCUAAACAGUCAUUCAGUGUGAGUGAUGGUUUGGUGUGAAGUGCUCCAUUCUAGAAAAGCUUAGUCAGAAGUGUUCACAGUGGUGGUGAUGGGAACCAGAUGUCCGAAACACCUCUAAAAGCUCCUUCACAGAAAGUUAUUACAUGAAAUGAUUGCAAAUAUGUUGCGUAGUGCGACAGCCUUUUGUUUUGUGAUAGUUUUAAGAAAGUUUUGGCCUAAAACAUAUCUUUAAAAUACAUUUGUGGUGGAGAGGUAAAUGCGGGGCAUUGUGAGGCAAAAUAUUCCCCAGAGAAAACUUUUUUUUCUCUCAGAUAUUCCACUAUUUUUAUUUCACCAUCAUCAACAUUUCUUAUAAAAACCCAGAUGAUGUGUUGGUUCACUGGUCAUUUUGGGCAGUACAUAAAAAGGCUGUAUACUUGCUUUACGUUGAGAUUUUUGGUUCCUAUCACCACCUGUAAAGAAAUCUGAGUUUCUCUAAAGUGAACCACUGCACACCAAACCACUUUUAAUGCCUUUGUUUACAUCUCUGUGAUUUAAUUAUGCAGUAAUUUUGAAAAAUCUAUGUAAUUCUCCUUUAAACCUUUCUUACUGUUUUACACAACAGCUUUGAACUUCCUACAAACUCAAUAUGUAAACAGUGGAAGUGCUACAUUAUUACAAAUGACUUUUGCAAUACUUAUCUACUACAUGAGGUGCUUCAUGUGUAAUAAAUGGUUUACUAUCUACUGGGAUGUUUGCUGUAGGAGUUGAACUUUGCUAGUGUUAUUGUGGGGUAAACUGCACCCGAAUUUAGGUACUGCAGUCAUUUUUACACAGUAUGUGCUUACUUUAGUAUCUUUCAGUCAUACUGCACUGCUAUUUAACCACUGGUAUUAUAGU